GCUCUCUGUUUGGCGCUGAGAAGAAUUCAGAAGCAUAAACUUUGUCGUUUUUAUACGAAGAUCGUUUCACAGUUAUUCCUAAUUUCCCAUUGACGUCCCGUACAAUGCCCAGGUCUGGUCUACCAGCUCUUUAGCGUGUUGGACACUCCCCCUCCCGACUCUCUCAGUGGGAUCUGUGGAAAACCUUUUCCUCUAACAUUCAGCACCAGACAAGGAAGCGACUCCUGGAGCCACGUGGAUGCAGCAUGUUACAUUUUCCCUGUAGUUUCUGCAGUCAAAUGAACGGUUUCAGUGAGUCAUAAUGAAUAGGUGGCCUUGUCUGUAUAACAGUCAGCGAUGCUUCACUGGAGUUCAGUCUUCUGUGGGUCUGCUGAUCAGUGAAAGGAGACUUAAGUUACAUUAAAUGGACGUGGAGGAGUUCAGUUACACAGCUUCUCUCUCGCCUCUAAUCUCAAGCUUCACUCUCCUCGUCCUCAUGCUGCUUUUCAGCUUCACACCUGUUGAAGGUCAGCCUCAGGUGAUCGGAUCUGUUCAGCCGAUCGUUGCUGCUCCUGGCGAUGACGUCAUCCUGCUGUGUCACGUGAAGCCGGCACUCAACGUGACGGCUCUGACGGUGGAGUGGUCGAGGCCCGACCUCAAGCCGGACCCCGAAGAUCGGCUGAGCCGGGUCAAGUACGUGCAUUUCUACCGGAACACCAAAGACAUCCCGGACAUGAAGAUCUCGUCGUUUGUCAACAGGACGACGCUGUUCAAGGACGGCCUGGCUCGAGGCAACAUAUCGCUCAAGAUCACGAAUGUGACGCUUUCUGACGAGGGAAGAUUCCGAUGUUUCAUCCCGAAGUUAGAGAGCCAAGUAAAGUCUUCAAUUGUUCGCCUUGUCGUUGGAACAAACUCUUAUAAAACCUGGACAACAGAGACGCCACUGCAACCCACAAGUAACCAAACUCUUGUUCUGAAGGGAGAGAUGGAUGUUAACGGUGGUUUAUCAGGUCGGAGCAGGUGGACCAUCGUUGUGGUUUUCUGCUUCUUCUUCAUGAUCCUGGGUGUUGGAGUCACAAGACAGAAGUGUCGAAACUUUUAAAGGUACCUUCUUCAGUCUCGGUGCCUUGCUCAAGGGAACAUUUGUAGACUCUCACAGAGAUUAGCGCACUACCAGCUUAUCUCACCUUGAUAUUGCCAAUUAGUUUAAGGAUUCAAACCAGCAACCCAUCCAGGCACAAGUGGACAAGGUGGAUCUGCAGGAGGGAGGCUUUCAUAAUGUGAAAGGAAGCGGAAGAAGACCAGAGAGGUUCAUUUGCGUUCGGACUGAAACGGAUCUUUUGCUGAACUUCAACUUCGUUGUCGUUUUAUGUCCAAAUAGCUUUGCAUGUGACUUUCAGUUGGUGGACACAAAGAUGCAUUUCAUCACCAUUUACAUAUAUUUGCAUUGGAAACGAAGUCUUUUGAAUACCUUGAACUUCCCAGGCCGAGGCCAUCUGGAUCCUAAAUGCACACCUGGUUUUCUCGUCUGAAGUUUAAAUGCAAUUGAACAGCUAUUGAGAGAUGCAUGUCACUGAAAAAGUCAAAGUGGAUCUUUUAUUUGUUUUGUUUAGCAACCGAAAAGCUUUUUCUUUUUUUUUUUUUUUUUAAUAUUGAUGAUGCAUAAUAGUGGGCAUAUUAAACCGCCGAACCAGAUAUUGUUACUGCUCACAUCAGUGAUUGUAGUCAAAGCACUACCAUGAGUAGUUUUCUUGCAAAAGUGAUUCAAAGCUGAAUUAUACUGUAGAUUCAUGUAUGUUUUCCACGAGGCAUAUUAAAAUCUUCUG